CAACACUGACCCCCCGCAGAUUGUUGUUACUGUUUGUUGUUGUUACUUGUUGUUCGUGCUGUGUUAUUGGCACUUGCGAUUUUGUUAUUUUUAUUGCGCACUCGAAAUUGUUUUGUUAUUUCCAAGAGCAGAGCAAUGCGAGCGGCAGUAGUAAUUUUUGCUUAGUUAGUCGCUCGCCGCACGGAAUUGUGGUGCUGUGGUGCUCAGUAACUGUAAAUCGCAAGUGCAACAAAAAUAAAAUAAUUGCAAGUUGCAGUUGAUAUUUGCGAUAAAAUGUCAAUAUUUGUGGAGUACACAGAUCCCCAGUGGCGGGAUCUGGACAUGCGCGCCCUGGACGUCGAUCAGUCGUAUCUGUAUCUGAAAUCUGAGUAUCCCGAACGAUCCUAUCUCUACACUUUGUCCGACGAAUGCUACACGUGCCCCUACACCAAAGUGAAAGCUCUGCCGGCGGCCGACGGCGACGGCGACGACAUCGAACCAUUACGACUGAGCUCUGCAUACGGGCUGAAUUUCAAAAUCUAUCAGCACGAUCAGGGUCACUAUGCCUACGACAAUGUAUCAUCACUCUGCUGGCUGAGACGCACCGAUCUCCAGGAAUUCGGUGUCUACAACCUGACCCUGCUGGAGAAUGGAACCUGCUCCUUCGCCACCGACAAGCCGGGCGUUCCCAUCAAUUACGCUUUCCUGGCAGUGUUCGUGCUGGUUGCCGCGCUGCUAAUCUUGCUGAAGCUCGCCAGCUGCGCCUGGAGGUGUUAUCGCUACGACGAGGCCGCCGCCGCCGCCGACAGCAUCGGAGCGGCUGCCGCAAAGGCCACGCAACGGAAGCGCCUGCGCAGCCUCGACACAUUCCGGGGACUCUCCAUCGUCCUGAUGAUCUUCGUGAAUAGCGGCGGCGGCGGCUACACUUGGAUCGAUCAUGCCGCCUGGAACGGCCUGCACCUGGCCGACCUCGUCUUCCCCUCCUUCCUCUGGAUCAUGGGCGUCUGCAUCCCACUCUCCGUGAAGGCCCAGCUCUCGAGGGGCGCCAGCAAGGGACGCAUCUGCCUGCGCAUCCUGUGGCGCUCCAUCAAGCUCUUCGCCAUCGGCCUCUGCCUGAACUCAAUGAGUGGCCCCGGCCUGGAGGAAUUAAGGAUCAUGGGUGUCCUCCAGCGAUUCGGAGUAGCCUUCCUCGUCGUCGGCGUCCUCCACACCCUCUGCAGUCGUCGUGAUCCGAUCAGUCCGCAGCGAUCCUGGCAGAGGGCCGUGCAUGACAUCUGUCUGUUCAGUGGGGAACUGGCCGUGCUGCUGGCCCUGGUGGCCACCUACUUGGGCCUGACCUUUGGCCUGCGAGUGCCCGGCUGCCCGAAGGGAUACCUCGGCCCGGGCGGCAAGUUCGACUACGCCUCGAAUCCCAACUGCAUCGGAGGAGCGGCCGGCUAUGUGGACCUGAAAGUUCUGGGAAACGCCCACAUCUACCAACAUCCCACUGCCAAAUACGUCUACGACUCGGCCGCCUUCGAUCCUGAGGGCAUUUUCGGCUGCAUCCUGAGCGUGGUGCAGGUGCUCCUGGGCGCCUUUGCUGGUGUCACCCUGCUGGUUCAUCCCACCUGGCAGUCUCGGAUCCGUCGCUGGCUCAUCCUGGCAGUCGUUCUUGGCCUAAUUGGCGGCGCCCUGUGCGGCUUCUCGCGGGAGGGUGGCGCCAUUCCCGUGAACAAGAACCUCUGGUCGCUGUCCUUCGUCUGCGUGACUGUCAGCCUGGCUCUGAUCAUCCUGUCGCUGCUCUACUACUUCAUCGACGUCCGCCAGACGUGGAACUGGUCCGGAUACCCCUUCACCGAGUGCGGCAUGAACGCCAUUGUGAUGUAUGUCGGCCACUCGGUGAUGCAUCGGAUGCUGCCCUGGCACUGGCGGGUCGGGCCGAUGAACACCCACUUCAUGCUUCUGCUGGAGUGCACCUGGAACACCCUGGUCUGGGUGGGCAUUGCGCUGUACCUGGACUCCAAGGAGUUCUACUACAGCCUCUAGACGCCGCACAAAAACGCCGCUUUGCCAAAUAAACCAACGCUUUGUACAUAAAAGUGAUUCCAAUGGAUAUUAUAAUUAUUUUUUUUACCAAGCACAAGACCUUAACAAGUGUGUCGUAUUAUUUGUAUAAUUCCGAAUUUUUUUGGUUCUAAGAAACAUUAUUAAUAUGACUUUUAAAUAAAUAUUUUAAAACCUUAAAA